AUGAUCCAAUUGUUUGCCAGGUAUGCUGAACGCGGUGUACCCUACAGACGUGGAUAUUUGUUCUAUGGACCCCCUGGUACGGGUAAGAGCAGUUUUAUCUCUGCUAUAGCAAGCCACUUUGGAUACAGUAUUUGCAUGCUAUCUCUCAGCGAGAGGACACUUGAUGAUGACAGACUGAACCAUCUCCUUAACACCGCUCCCGUUAACAGUGUAGUUAUACUAGAAGAUGUUGAUGCUGCAUUCGGUACCCGAACUGAUCCUAUGGAUAAUCACCCCGCUUACCAAGGGAUGACAAGGGUCACUUUUUCUGGUCUCUUGAACUCUAUUGACGGUGUUGGGCUGCGCUGA